GACCAACCCGAUCGGCUAUCGGCUAACUGCGACGGAAAUAAGUCGAUCCCACCAACCUCGCCGUUUGAAUCCGAUUCUCAACUUCUUCGGACAACGGCAGUAUGCUAUUAUGAACUGGGUCGAAGGGUCCGGUACACGACCUAGCCAUGGGGGAUACUCUACCUCGUAGUCCGAACAGAGCAUCAUCAGCUAGGCUCAGCAGGAGCACCAAUGCCUGUAUUAGGUGCCGUAGGCGGAAGCAAAGGUGUGACCUUCGCUAUCCAAAAUGUUCAAGUUGCGAGGUUUCGCAGGUACCUUGCUUGACUUACGACAGCGAAAAACAAGCUGAGGUUCCACGUAACUACGUGUCUAUCCUCGAAACGGAGGUCAGGCAAUUGAAAUCCGAACUUGAAGGGCUCCGCAGACAGAGUGUUUCAUCGACAACCUCUGCCAGUCCAGCUCCGACUAAUCAAAAUGACCGUCAAACCGUCAGCUCACCCACUGACGUUCCAACGGUUCAGUCGGUCGCUUCCGAUCCGCAGGAAGUUGUUAAAUCAAUGGGUUUGGUUGUGUUAGAGAGCAACAGCCAACCAAGAUUCAUGGGGACGAGCAGUGGUGUUACCUUCGCUAAAAUGGUUCUUGCUUGUGUUAAAUCUGAUAUUACAGUCCCAAUAUCACCAAGCCCGCCAAGGGGUUCCUCGCUGCGAGUGGCGGCGCCACCGCCUAUCAUAUCCUCUUCACUGCCUCCACGCCACGCAGCUCAACAUAUUUCGGAUGUGUACUUUCGCUACAGAACACCGCAUGUACCCAUCCUAACAAGGUCCAGGGUCGAUGAGGCCUUGGGGCGUGUAUACGGCGCGUUUGACUCGCAUCAUGCCGACUUUUCUGAAAUCGCGGAAAUGGACCUUUUUAUUGCUUACAUUGUCUUCGCUGUGGGACUUUGUAGUUUACCCCUAACAGGUGGGACCAGGCCUCCGCAGAGCGAGGGUUGUUUCAAUUCCGCUCUUCGAUGUAUUGAUAAGUUAUUCUCGUACUCACCUAGCGAUCUCGAGACCUUAACCGUGGUACUGCUCUUAGCCCAGUACAUCGCUUUGAAUCCCAGCAAAGGGAGCCUAUGGCAAUUGACUGGCAUAGCACUACGUUUGUGUGUCGACUUAGGCUUGCAUUGGGAGACCGAAGCUGUUUUGGCUCUACCUGAAGCGACCCUUAACGAAAGACGCCGACUUUUCUGGGCUACUUACCGCUUUGAUCGCACACUGGUCAUUACUCUUGGCAGGCCAUUCGGUAUUGCUGAUCAGAGUACGAGCGUCGGGUUUCCAGACCCAUAUUCUAUGGGUACAGCGGAGGCUCAUUUCCAGCGUAUGGCCAAUCACAUCGUUUCUCUGUACAAGCUCGAGUCGGAAAUUAAACACGUUCUUUAUCACCAGCUCCAGGGGGCGACACUAGCAUACCCCCGAGCUAAUUAUUCGCUAUGGUUUCGCGACGUUCAGCCACGGCUUUCUGCUUGGAGGGACGGAAUACCUGAAAUAUCCAAAGCAGAUCCCGAUAGCAUUUACUCACAGCAGUGCUGGUGGGAUGCUAGGUGGCUGAAUGCAGUGUUACUACUCCAUCGGCCCAACCCUCUAGUUCCAAAUCCUACGACCGAGUCGCUACAAACAUGUUUCGAUGCAGCUUGCCAAAUGAUUAAAGAGAUCAAAACAUUGCAAAGAGAUGGAAGAAUUUGUAUCAUUUGGCAAUAUGUCCAUGGUCUUUUCCUUGCCGGUCUAACUAUGAUUUAUUGUAUUUGGGAGUCUCAGGAUGUUCGGGAUAAGGCGCGAGUCCUCGACAUAAUGACAACAGCACAAGAUUGCGCAAGUACCCUCACAGCCCUAGCGGAACGUUUUCCCGAUGCGAGCGGCUGCAGAGACGCCUUCGAAUCUCUUUCGGCAGCAACUAUGAAGUGGUUAGUAGCAAGAGAACAAGGCAAUAGCAAUCAGCCGAUAUUAGGAAACGAAAUCAAUGCCUUGAGACAGCACAUACCUUUCUCCACAACUGCCUGGAGGGCCGACCAACCUACGAGCAUCUUCCCCGACGAGCCGUUUGAAUUCGCCGAAUACCUCAUCGCAGCAUCACAAUGGCCCGGCUCCAAUAUGGAUGUAGGAACCGCAUUCGGCAUGCAAGACAUAUUUGAUACAUCGGGCGCGGAGUUCUGAUAGGGUACAUGGUAUAAAAUGCGAAAGUUCGCGUAGUCGAAUGGCGUAACAGCGUUGAUAUGGGAAUCUGCUGACUGAAAUUAAAAAUUGUAAGAU